AACAAUCCUCGGCCUCUGCGAGCUGUGGAGGGUUGAGUGUGUCUGUGGAGUGCGCCUGCGCAGCUGUGGACUCCGCAGGACUCGCAGGUCAGCAUCUUGGUCUGGGGACCGGUACUGGAGGAGGGGAUUCACCCCAGGAUACGGGUUUUUGAAACAUGAAUCCUUCACUCUUCCUGACGGCUCUUUGCUUGGGAAUAGCCUCAGCUUCUUCAAAAUUUGAUCAAAGCUUAAAUACGCAAUGGUACCAGUGGAAGGCAACGCACAAGAGAUUAUAUGGCACGAAUGAAGAAGGAUGGAGGAGAGCAGUGUGGGAGAAGAAUAUGAAAAUGAUUGAACUGCAUAAUCAGGAAUAUAGCCAAGGGAAACAUGGCUUCACAAUGGCGAUGAAUGCUUUUGGUGACAUGACCAAUGAGGAAUUCAGACAGGUGUUCAAUGGCUAUCAAAACCAGAAGCACAAGAAAGGGAGAGUGUUCCAAGAACCUCUCUUCGCUGAGAUCCCCAAAUCUGUGGAUUGGAGAAAGAAAGGCUAUGUAACUCCUGUGAAGAAUCAGGGUCAGUGUGGUUCUUGUUGGGCUUUUAGUGCAACUGGUGCUCUUGAAGGACAGAUGUUCCGGAAAACUGGCAAACUUGUUUCAUUGAGUGAGCAGAACCUGGUGGACUGCUCCCGGAAUCAAGGCAAUAUGGGCUGUAAUGGUGGCCUAAUGAAUUAUGCCUUCCAGUAUGUUAAGGACAAUGGAGGCCUGGACACAGAGGAGUCUUAUCCAUAUGUUGGAAGGGACACAGAUCCCUGUAAUUACAAGCCUGAGUGUUCUGCUGCCAAUGACACCGGCUUCGUGGACAUCCCACCGCGGGAGAAGGCCCUGAUGAAGGCAGUGGCAACUAUGGGGCCCAUCUCUGUUGCUAUUGAUGCAGGCCAUGCAUCAUUCCAGUUCUAUAAAUCAGGUAUUUAUUAUGAUCCAGACUGCAGCAGCAAAGACCUGGAUCAUGGUGUUCUUGUAGUUGGCUAUGGCUUUGAAGAAACAGAUCCAAGUAACAAAUUUUGGAUUGUCAAGAACAGUUGGGGUCCAGAAUGGGGCUGGAGUGGCUAUGUAAAAAUGGCCAAAGACCAGAACAACCACUGUGGAAUCGCCACAGCAGCCAGCUAUCCCACUGUGUAAGCUGAUGGACGAUGAUAUGAGAGGACUUAAGGACAGCAUAUCUGGAGGAAUUUUUAUCUUAAAACUGACCAAACCCUUAUGUAAGAUAAGACACUUGAAUCAUUGAGGAUCCAAGUUGUGAUUUGAAUUCUGUGACAUUUUUAUAAGGUAAAACUUUACCACUACCUUAAUUACUGUUAUAAAUAGCUUUAUAAUGUUGAAGACUCCUUACUUAAUUCUAAGACUUUUGAAUUUUCAUUUUUUCAAAGGAUAUAUAAAGGUUUACCUUUUAAAAUAAAUUUUAAUUCAACAUGUA